AUUACCAAUUUUAUACGCAUUUCCUACGUUUAAUUAAUCAGAAUAAGAAAGAAGCAUUGAAGGAAUCAAAACUCACGUCAGGAUCUUAUUGAAGCGGUCGGGAGGGGAAUGGCGGAGAAUGAAGAAAUCAUGGAGGUGGACGCAGAUUCAUACGGUAAUAAAGUUAAACAACGGUUGAAAGAUCGAACAAAGUGUAAGGAGAUGCUAACGAAGCAAGCAGAGCAGACAAAGGAGAUCUUGUCGAAGCAAGCCGUUAAGAUUGCUAAACAGGCUGAAGAGCAUGAAAACUUCAUCAAUAAGGUGACACACUUGCUUGGUGUUCUUUUCUUUGGAGGCUUCUGCUUCAUCUUGGGUGCAAGGCCACAGGAUGUUCGAUAUCUCUAUUGUUUAUUCUAUGUCAUUUUUGUCCCACUUCGAUGGAUUUAUUACCGAUACAAGAAGUUGCACUAUUAUCUUCUUGAUUUUUGCUAUUAUGCCAAUACAAUAUUCUUGAUCAUGCUUCUGUUUUAUCCCAGAAAUGAGAAACUUUUCUUGGUGUGCUUCUCAUUUGCGGAGGGGCCCUUGGCAUGGGCACUAAUCGUUUGGCGUUGUAGCUUAGUUUUCAAUUCCAUGGACAAGAUAGUAAGCGUCUUUAUACAUAUCUUGCCUGGACUUGUUCUGUUCACAAUCCGAUGGUGGGACCCAGUAUUCUUCGAGGAGAUGCAUCAGAAUGGGAAUUCUCAUACAGGAUCAUGGCUCUAUGCAGAGACGAAAUCGUAUCUGUGGACAUGGCUUUUCUUUGUUCCUUUAGUAGCCUAUGUUGUCUGGCAGCUUCUUUAUUUUCUCAUCGUAAAUGUGCUACGUGAACAGAGACUGCUGCGGGAUCCAGAAGUCAUGACCUCCUACAGGGAACUGUCGAAAAAAGCACAGAAAGCAAACAACAUGUGGUGGCGCUUGAGCGGUCUGCUGGGAGAUCAGAACCGGAUGUUUAUGUACAUUUUGCUUCAGGCGGUGUUCACUGUGGCCACAACAGCGCUUACUGUCCCGAUAUUCCUAUCGUAUGAAUUACACUUGACGUUCCAAUUGCUCAAGGCAUCAGCAACUGUAUGGAAUGGGGGUAACUUUCUUAUAGAAGUGAUGCCGAGGCAGGUGAUUCUAAAGCAGAAAAAGAAGUCAGAAAUGAGCCCUUUGGUGGUCGAAACUUCACUCAAAGUGAGUGAGGUAACACAAUCUCAGUAGCACUGUACAAUUUAAGUGUUGGUAGAAUUACUAUCUUCUUUUUUUACUUUGCUCACUUUUUUAUUUAUUUUGGUCUAAUCUGUAGCUUAGGCACUCUCCUUUCAAGUUUGUUGUAGAAUUACUGAAUUUUUUCUCUACUUGGA